CUAUAUCAUUCUUGACAUUUCACUAAAGAAUAUUAAAUUUUCUUAAGACCAAGGAAAACUAACUUUGUUCAGAAUGGCUGGAGAUGCUGUAGAUGAAUCAAAAUUAACUGGCCUUUCCAAACAUUUUAAUGGUACAACAAUGAGAGGACGUGCUAAUGUUGCAAAAGCAACAUACGCUUCCGUUGGUCUUAUCAUCGCUUAUUUCAUGUUGAAACCGAAGAAGAAGUAAGUGCGAUGUAUAAAAUUAGAAAUUUUAUUCAAAUUUUUAAUUGUUAGUUUAAUGGGAUAAAAAUUUAUGGGAAUAAAUUAAAAAAUUUCUGUAAAAUAAAAA